ACCCUGAUUUCUGCACACAGAGAGAGAGAGAGAGAGAGAGAGAGAGCUGAAGAGAACGAAGCCAUGAAUCCACUAACCCAGGUGAAGAAUUUACAGAAGAUAAACGCAACAGAAGCUCGAUUAGGGAUUUCAGAGGACGCUUCAUGGCACGCCACGUUCAAACACUCCGCCUACGUCUACGCCGGCGGCCUCCCCUUCGAUCUCACCGAAGGCGACCUCGUCGCCGUCUUCGCUCAGUACGGUGAGGUCGUCGAUGUGAACCUCGUCCGCGAUAAAGGCACCGGAAAAUCGAAAGGGUUUGCUUUUGUGGCGUAUGAGGAUCAGAGGAGCACGAAUCUGGCUGUGGAUAAUUUGAACGGAGCCCAAGUGGUGGGUCGGACUAUUAGGGUUGAUCAUGUGCCCAAGUACAAGAAGAUGGAGGAGGAAGACGAGGAGGAGGCUCAGAGGAAGAGGGAGGAGCGCGGCGUCUGCCGUGCUUUCCAGAGAGGUGAAUGUACUCGUGGCGCUGCGUGUCGGUUUUCUCACAAUGAACAGAGAGCUGCAAACACGGGUUGGGGUGCUGAGGACAAAAAAUGGGGACAUGACAACUAUGAUGGUCCGAGAAAGAGUGACAAAAGAUCUGGAACCAUCCCCUCGAAUCGUGUUCCAGAGCCUAGAGCGCGAGAAGAUUUGAGCACUAGAGAUAAAUUCAGGACAGCACCGGACAGGAGGAGCUUGGAUGAAGAAAAGAAGACAUCAAGAAGACGUGGUGAGGAUAAUGAGUUGGAGCCAAGAUCAAGAGAAGAUUAUGACAGGAGGGAAGAAAAGAGACCAAGAAGACAUGAUGAGUAUGAGAAGGGAAGAGAAUAUCAUGAUAGAAGGGAAGAUAGGAGACCCAGAAGGCAAGGCGAUGAUGAAUUUGAACCAAAGUCAAAGUCUGGAGAAGAUAAGAGACCCAGAGGGCAAGGUGCUGAUGCUGCAUUUGAAAGUAAGUCUAGAGAAGACCAUGUCAGAAGAAAUUAUGAUAGAAGGAAGGAUAGUAGACCAAGAAGACGUGAUGAUGAUGUGGAAGCUUAUGACAGAAAAGAAGAUCGUGAUCGGAUGGAAGAAAAGAGAUCAAGGCAACCCAAUAAUGAUGAAUUAGAGCCAAAGUCACGAGCACGUCGGGAUAGAAGGGAAGGAGAGAGAUCAAAAAGGCAUCAUUAUGAUGAAGUUCCUCCAAAGUCCUGAGAAGUUCGUCAAAACGGAGAUUAACAAGAAAUCAAUUACCACUAAAGGCUGGACCAGAUGCAUGUAAGACUAUUGAUAUGACCGGGUAGGCAUAUCAUGUCACUCAUGGUGGGAUUCUAUUCUUGGUCAAAUUGAGAGAGCCAUGGUGUAAAACAUAUACUCAGGUUCUUCACAAUUCUCACGUGUCUUGUUUGUGAUUGUACCUGUUAUGCAAUGUUAAAGAGUUGUUUCUGGUAUAUUGUUUAAUAUAGGAUUAAUUUCAGUUUACCCCCCUGAGGUUUGGGGUUGACAUCGUUUCACCCCCCAUACUUUUAAUUUUGAAAAUUUACCCCCU